CCCCUUGGCACAGCAGCAGCUCGGGCCCGCUCCCGCCCCGCCCCGCCUGGCACCGGCCGCCGCCUGCUGGGCGGAGCGGCGUCAGCUGGUCCUGGCGGCGGCAGCCGGCGGCGUUGGGGUGGCCGUGACGCGGGGAGCUUGCGGUUAUUUUGGCUUGCUCCGGUCCGGCUGCCUCCGCCGCGCUCCGCGGCCGCGGGCGGCUCCUGCCGCGCCGGGGAUGGACGCAGCAAGCCUCACCCUGAAGCUGCUCUUAGUCGGGGACAGCGCCGUGGGGAAGUCCAGCCUCCUGCUGAGGUUCACUGACGGUGCGUUUGAGCCGUGCCUGAAACCCAGCAUCGGUGUUGACUUCAAAGUGAAGAAGAUGGUGGUGGACGGGCAUGCAGUGCAGCUUGCAAUAUGGGACACAGCUGGCCAGGAGCGCUUUAGAACACUGACUCCCAGUUAUUACCGAGGAGCACAGGGAGUUGUUUUAGUGUAUGAUGUUACAAGAAAAGACACUUUCACAGGACUAGAGAGCUGGCUGAACGAGCUGGAAAUGUAUACCACCAAAGGCAACACUGUGAAGAUGUUAGUUGGCAAUAAAACUGAUAAGCCUGAUCGUGAGGUAGAGAGAAGAGAAGGACUCCAGUUUGCUAGGAAGCAUUCACUGCUUUUCAUAGAGACCAGUGCCAAGGCACAGGAUGGAGUGCAGCAAGCUUUUGAGGAGCUAGUGCUGAAGAUCCUGCAGACACCAGGUGUUUGGGAGAAGAGUGCAGCGAAGCGAGGGGUCCAACUAAAGGAGUCUUCAGCGCAGCAGGGUGAAAGCUCAUGUGUGCCAUUCUGUCCACUUUCUUAAUCCUAGAGGUGGCUGUUCUGAAUGAACUUCUACAAGAGAGUGGGUUUGCAAGGAGCCAGUGUGUGCCUUGGGGGGGUGUUAGUGUUGCUUGCCCUUACUUAAUCACAGCAGCUAAUCUGUUGCUACUUUCUUUCCUUCUACAUCUUGAGCAAAGAGGUCACUUUACCUAUGUGGUAGUGCCUGUUGUGAAUGCUGUGAAAGAAUAAUGGUGGUAGGCAAAAGUUUGACUUAAGUCUGACUUAAGGUGGUUCUUUUUUAAGGGAAAGUAUAUGGCUGUGAGGUCUGAUAAAGGUACAGCCCUUAACGUGCUGUUGUGGCAAUGCUGACCAAAGCCAACGUUUGAUUACAGUAUUCACUGCAAGGUUGUGGAAGGCACUUGUGUGAGCAUGAAUUUAUGUGACUUGGGCAUUUCCAACUCUCUAUGUACAUGUGCCUUACAAAUACAUCAUUUUAUUAGCCACAAAA